AUGCCCAAGGCUACUUCUUCCCGCUCCGCGGCCGCUGCCCGCAGGCACAAUCCGCUCGCCGACGAUUUGGUUGCGACAGGACAUUUGCGUACGAAAUCUUCCGGUAAACGCAAGUCGCAGCAGACCAGCGAUGAUGAGGGCGAGCACUACAUCGAUGCGAAGGCAUCACGAAAGAUCCUGCAGAUCGGUCAGGAUCUCGCCGAUGAGGAUGCGGCGGAAACCAGGGCCGCGCUGGGAGAGACGGAGCCGAAGAUAAACUCUGCAUUCCACUUCGAGUCGCGGUUUGAAGAUGAUGAUAAUAUGUCAGAUGAUGGUGCGCAGUUUGGUGAGGAGGAUUGGGAGGAGGAGGUCGAGGAAGUGGAACUCGACCCUAACGACCUCGAUUUGUUCCAUAAGUUUAUUCCCGGUGGUGAUCAGGACCCCAUCUUCAACCCUCGUUCAGCAGACGAGGACGAAGGUCCCGGCACGAAUCUGACAGAUCUUAUCCUGGAGAAGAUUGCCGCGUACGAGGCCAAGCAGGCUGGAAACACCGGACCGCAUAUCCAGGGCGGUGGAUUGCCCGAGGAUGCUGUCCAGAUCCCGGCCAAGGCAGUGGAGGUGUAUGAGAAAGUCGGUAUGCUUCUCUCGCGAUACAAGUCCGGCCCGCUACCGAAGCCCUUCAAGAUCCUUCCUACCCUUCCUCAAUGGCAGACGCUGCUUGAUAUUACCCGACCGGAGAAUUGGUCUCCCAACGCCGUCUACGCCGGCACGAAAAUCUUCAUCUCGCACAAGCCCGUUGUGGCCCAGGAAUUUAUCAAUAUCGUCCUGCUGGACCGUGUUCGUCACGACAUCCACGAGACCAAGAAGCUGAAUGUGCACAUUUACAACGCUCUGAAGAAAGCGCUCUACAAGCCGGCCUGCUUCUUCAAGGGCCUUCUCUUCCCCCUCGUCGGCACCGGCACCUGCACCCUUCGCGAAGCCCACAUUAUUUCCUCUGUGAUCGCCCGUGUGUCGAUUCCAGUUCUGCACUCGGCUGCUGCACUGCUGCGCAUGUGCGACAUUUCCGCCGAGCAGACGUCGGCGUCGCUGUCGUCCGAGGGCACCGGCGCGGUCAACACGUUCAUCCGGGUCUUCCUGGAGAAGAAGUACGCGCUGCCGUACAAGGUCAUUGACGCUCUGGUCUUCCACUUCCUUCGAUUCCGGGCGAUGGACAACAGCGAGGAUACGCUGAUGCAGGGACAGACACCGUCUGCGGCGGCCGCGAAGAACUUUAAGCUGCCGGUGCUGUGGCAUCAGUCGCUGCUGGUGUUUGCGCAGCGGUACCGCAACGACAUCACGGAGGACCAGCGUGAGGCGCUGCUGGACCUGUUGCUCGUGCGGGGCCACAAGGAUAUAGGACCCGAGGUGCGUCGCGAGCUGCUGGCAGGCAGAGGCCGGGGAGUUGUAGCUCCGGAAGCCGGACAGGGAGCGGGCGAUGCAGGCGAUGACACGAUGGACAUGGCUCUCUAG